CUUAGACUGAAUGAAAAUAACCGCAUCAUCUAUCGUGACACAGAUCUCCUCUAUCAGGAGAUCGCAACCAACAGGGAUGUAGGAGCCACAAGGCAAUGAAAGAACCUCAGGAGGAGAGAAAGGCAAAGCUCUGGGGGCGGGGGAGGAGAAAAUGAGGGGGGUGGGAAGGCUGGGGGAUUUCCUACCGAUCUUCCCCUUCUAACGGGAGCGGAAAAUGUGAUUUGCUGUGCAUUCCAGGCGCGGUCCCCUGGGGUGACCUCUCCCCGCUGGCCCGGCAGAGGGAGGGGGUUUUGGGGAGGGAGGAGAAAAGGAGGCGGGUUCAGUCUGGUAGGGGUCCCCGCUGGGAGCCGGGGAGGGGGGGGCGUGAGGAGGAGAGGAAGGAGGGGGACUCAGUAACGGGAAAAGGGGGCGGAAUAGCGGGUCCGGGACGGGCGGCGCCUGGCCAAUGAUGUGGCGAGGCCCCGGAGCGCGGCGUUCAGCCGGCGGACAUUUAAAUGGGAGACGCUGGGAUGCUGAGGCACUCGGCGCGCCCUCCAUGGACUCGGGGGCCAAUCCAGCAGCGCAGACACAGUCGCAGCUGCCAGGCUAACCCCAGGGGGUUCGGGGGGCACGGAACCAGCCCCUGGGGCAGUCCCAGCGACUCGGGAAGACUUACAAAACGCUCGGGUCACUAAGAGAGGAGAAGAAAAAAGGAGGCUUCGGAACAGGAUGGGUCGAACAGCCUACGCUGUGGGGGCUUUGCUUCUGCUCUUGGGAACCUUGCUGUCAGCCACUGAAGGGAAAAAGAAAGGCUCUCAAGGUGCCAUCCCCCCUCCCGAUAAGGACCAGUACAAUGACUCAGAGCAGACGCAGACUCCGCAACAACCUGGAGCCAGGAAUCGGGGGCGGGGCCAGGGGCGGGGCACUGCCAUGCCUGGGGAGGAGGUGCUCGAGUCCAGCCAGGAGGCCCUGCAUGUGACUGAACGCAAAUACCUGAAGCGGGACUGGUGUAAGACUCAGCCUCUCAAGCAGACCAUCCACGAGGAGGGUUGCAACAGCCGCACCAUCAUCAACCGCUUUUGCUAUGGCCAAUGCAACUCCUUCUACAUUCCCAGGCACAUUCGGAAGGAAGAAGGUUCCUUUCAGUCAUGUUCCUUCUGCAAGCCCAAGAAAUUCACCACCAUGAUGGUGACGCUCAAUUGUCCUGAACUGCAGCCGCCGACCAAGAAGAAAAGGGUCACCCGGGUGAAGCAGUGUCGUUGCAUAUCGAUUGAUUUGGAUUAGGCUACGGACACCCAGCCUACCCUAAUGACUCAGCCCCAGAUGUGCCCAGUGCCGAGUCCAAGGCACUUGCGAUGCUCAAAUCCCAGAUGCAAGAAGUACUGCUCACUGCCUCUCGGCGGGAGCGUGCAUGUGUGUAUUUGUCUGUGUGAUGGAGCAUUGCAUGUUUGUCCAGAGGCACAAUGGGGGGUAAGAGUCUCUUCGGAAGGGUACUUCAUAUUAUGUAGAGUAUCUGUUGCACUUGGGGCUGAUGCGGAUGACUCAAAUUCCUGGCAACUUCCCGAGGCAAAUCUCAAGUCAGGCAGGGAUGAUGCCUUGCUUCGCCUCUGCCUUCAAUGCGCCUUCUUAGACAUCUAACAUUCUCUUCAGAAUGAGUGUUGCACAGACAGUGGUUACUCUGGGUCUUUUUUAAUGGAACAUGGAAGGGACUUGAUUUCAGACCUGCAUCUGAAGUAGAAAAAAGCUCCUAAGCAGCUAUUCCUUUCAACUACUUUUGGUCCGUGCUCCCAAACUCAAAAUCGAUAGCUGUUUCCAAACCAAAUUCCUCUCUGUAAGCUCUCCCCUGCUGUUUUCUUACUAUGAUUUUAUGUACUUUCCCCUUUGCAAAAAUAUUCUAGAUAAUUAAAAGAAAUUUGAAUUGCCAAGAAAAUGGAGGUGAGACACUGAGGGACUAGUAGUGGUUUAGGAGGUAGAAUUUAGGAGUAAUACCCACACAAGCUUGGCAGGAUUAAGGUAGGAGGUGUGGAGGGAACAAUGCAACACUGUAAAGUCAGCAUGAAAGAGAACCUAAGUAAAGCAAGGACUCGAUAAAUAUCUCCCCUAACACUCUCAACUCUGUUGUGCAUUUUGAAUAAAUAUGGUAGCCUUAGCUCUGACUUUCUUGACAUUAGUGUAGGGAGCCAAAUCUUUUAACUGUGGUACUUUCCAGCCCAAGAUCAAAUUUCUAUCUUGAAGUUUUUUUCCUCACUUUUUUUGCCCCAUUUCCCCACGAAUACAGGGCUUAAGGUCUUCUGAAAAUUAAAUCAUAUGAUUGUUCACUCAAUAAGAAUUUAUUAAGAAUCUACAACAUCCUAGGCACUAUGCUAGGUGAUGGAUAUAGAGACAUCUGUGAAAUAGCACCCACUCUCACCGGACCUUUCCCCCCUUUCCCCUAAUGAAUAGAAUCAGAUUGGUUUGGAAGUUUCCUGGAUUUCCUAUUAUAACACAAGGUUGAAGAUAUAUGGAAUAUGACGAUUACCCUAAAUUCAUUUUUUAGAUAGAGCUGUGAAAAUAUUUUGUAAGAUGGAGAAUUUCUUAUGGUCUUAACAUUAAGCUUGGCUUCAAAGAGUUUUCUCUUUCCCACCACAUGUCACUUCAUGGCAGCUGGUUUACUUACUAACCAAGCCAGUUUGAUGGACAUUUAUCACAGGUUUUAGAUCAAAAUUAAAAUUGGCAUCGGUUUUUAGUUCAGUUGUUUUUCAGUAAUGUCUGAUUCUUUCUGCGCCCCUUUUGGGGUUUUUCUGGCAAAGAUAGUGGAGUGCUUUGCCAUUUCCUUCUACAGUUCAUUUUAUAGAUAGGGAAAACUAGGCAAACAGGAUUAAAUGUCACACAGCUAGUAAAUGUCUGAGGCGAGAUUUGAACUCAGGAAGACUCAUCUUCCUGACUUCAGAUCUGGCAUUCUACUCACUGUGCCAUCUAGCUGCUCUGGUUGGUCUACCAUUUCUAAUUAUAUUAUCUAAUUAUAUAUUUAAUUAUUCCCUGAGCACAUAAGCAACAUAAAAUCGGCCAGGUCAGAUUUAAAUAUUUUCAUAAUUAUGUGAAUUAACAUAAAAAGACUCUAACCACCACUACUGCCCCCCUUGUUCCUGAGGCUCAUGAGAAAUGUUGCUCAGACCUCCUUAGCCAUGAAGAGUUAGGACCUGGUAUCUUUUUUUUUUUUUUAAAUAGAGAAAAUGGCAUAGAAAAAUCUCUUUUAAAAGAACAUUCAAUCAACUUUCUUUUUCUUUUUUCCAAAGGCUUGGCAUUAUUUUUGCAAAUUAGAAUUUUGGCUAAGAAUAUUUGGCUCUUUUAGAAAGUCUUUCCUAAUUGUGCCAGAUCUGAACCUGUCAAAUAGAGUACGGAAAUGCCAAUAUAGCAUUGAGUGUUAUACAGAGUCCCCAUUUAGUAGAACUAUCUCUUUAGCUUGGAACGGUUCUGGCAACAUUGUGGUUAUAGUGUUUCAUUUCUUACCUAGUGUUUUUGAGAGAACAGAAAGUAAGAGAAAGACAAGGGGUAAAAGAAAAAGAACAGAGAUCUCAUGAUUCAGAGGGAAUAGUCCUCUGUUCAGAAUUUCAAGGGAAAUUGUUAUUUCAUUUUUUUUUAAAAGGAGGCAUUCAGAAUAAGAAAAUUUGUUUCUUGUCUAAUGAUCUUGGCAUUUUGAUGUGUAAUCAUGCAAAUAUUUAUUGGUUCACUUCAUCUGCAUUGCUCUAAAUAAACUAGGACAGCUUCCAAUUCCUGACUUAUUCUUUAUCUAAGGCCAAGAUAACCCUGUUGAGGGUAGGCAGGCCUAACUCUGGUUUCUUUUGUGUGACUACAUUGUUUUUCCAGAGCCUGGAAUUUUAUACAUCAAAAUUAAACCUAUAUUCUUCCUGCCUAGCGCCUUCUCAGCUCCACAACUGGGGAGGGGAUGGACACUCAAAAGACAAGGAAUUGAAAAUUUCAGAGCACUGCUAACUCUCCAAGAAAACAUGUACAGUCUUCCCAUUCAGCAACUAUAAACAAGAAAAUUUUGAGGCAGAAUUGAAGAUUCAACACUGGAUUUCAUUUUGAAUUCCUAUUUCAAUUUCAAUUGAAUUUCACUUCCGAUUCCUUCCUGAUAAAUCUUAACCUUCAGCCCAAGGUGUUUACCCACUCAUAAACACUUCCUUUCCUAUGCCCAAACAAACAUGCUUCCAAUAUGGAAGUAUCUUGUCUACUCUUUGCAUUAAUCCUGUCUGUCCGCAAUCUUGCUUUCAUUCAAAUCCUCAAACAGGAAAGCACAGAAUGGCUUUAAUUAAGUCCACAAAUGCCUAAGCCAAAAUGGGGAGUGGGAAGAGGAAACGAGAAUGGAACCGAAAAUGUAAAACCACACUAGAGAGGAGAAAUAACAUUUAGAACCAGUAAACACUGAAUUUCUCUUGUUGUUUUAACUCUGCCACAAGCAUGUGAUUUUGUUAAAAAGAGAUGACUUAAGUGGCCAGCAAUAAUCUUCCUUUUAGUAGCCUGUACCACAGUCUUGCAUUUGGGGAGGAUUUGGCUUCACUAAAGAGAGUUUCCUCAAAAUUAACUUCCCGAGGAUAAUCAGCAGCAUGACUACCCCCAAAGCAUAACUGGGCAAACAAAGAGAGCAGUUCUACUUGUCUAUUUAUGCCACUGUUGGUUAAGAUUAGCAUGAGUAUAGACUAUCUUCCAUCAUUUACUUAAAAUGCCACAUUGGUUAGAUAUUAUAUCAGGUACUCACUGAUGAUGCAAUAGUACUUUUCUGUGUUUGCUGUAGGUUUUUUUUUGUUUGUUUUGACUGAGAGAUAUACAUGAUUUCAAUCUUUCCUAUUAGAAAAAUGCCAAACACUGAAUUUGCAUAUUAUGGCAUAUACCUGACAUCUUUUAAAAUACAUAUUUUAUAUAUAUACAUUUAUAUACUUUUAAGUGUUUUUGUCAUCUGCAUUUCUUCAAAGAUGAAAAUUAAUAAUGAUAAUUAUGAUAAGGGAAGAGAGAAAUUUGAAGAUAAAGGAGAUAAUUUCCACUGUGUGGAAUGUGAAUAAACAGAAAGAUGGGUAUUUAAUGUAAUUAUUAAUUCAGAUAUUUUGUUCAGUGUGAUAACAGCAAUUUUUUUUCUUUUUCUCUGAAUUGUGCAAAGGAGACACUGGUUCCUCCUAGGGGGUUGCAAGCUUUUUGUAUGGGAUGAUUUUAUUCAGAGGAAGACAGCAAACUUUGUUGUAUCUGUGCACAGAUAAGUAUUGCAGUUAUCAGAAAUUAAGAGGCUGACAGCUAUGUUUUAUGUUUCAGAGGUGAACAUUCCUCAAGCAAUAUUUGUAAAGACUUUAAGCAGUAUCUGUGAAGACAAGAUGUACAGAAAAAAAUACCAAAUAUCAGCAAUAAUUCACAAAGAAAGUUGCCUUAAGGAAAUUUUAAAAAAUGUAAUGCCAAUUUUAUGCAUAGAACACAUCAAUGUCUAACUAAUGCAUAAGAUUGAAAAAAAAAACUUGUUGAUCUCUCAUUCCCCAAGAUAUUUAAUAUAAACUGUAUCAUGUAUUUAAACUUCUCCUUUAUUCUAAAAAAAUGUCUAUAGACAAUGAGGUGCCUUAUUUUUUUAUAUGUGUUCAUGGACUCAAAAGGAAAUUUGAUUUAAAAUGAAUUUCUAAUUAUAUGUAAUUGAAUAAGAUUGGAUUUUUUUCCUCAAGAAUUUUAUGUAUAAACUUUUCUCAAGGGUAACCAAUAAAUGAAACCUCUUCUAUA